AUGCGUAACAUCAGCUUCUCAUCCAAUAGUCUUACAAAUGCAGCUCUCACCGAUAGCGCCACUGGGUCGCUCCUAUACGAGCUCACGACUCCCUACGGCUUCCGGCAGAACACCACACUGCUGGACGAUCAGAAGAAUGUGGUCGGCGUGUACAUGCCCAACGGACGAAACGACAAAGCCACGUACCAAGGGCAUACUACACGAGUGAACGACUGGCUUGUCAAGGACGUUCAAACGGGGUUCGUGGAUGCCACCGAGAUGCUGACCGUGCAACUGCUCACUAAUCUGUGGACAUCUAGUAGCAGGACGUUCGUGGCUCCAGAUGGAAGGACGUACAAGUGGGAUAUACUGAGCACGAUGGGCAUGAGAUGGCAGGUGCGCAUCUGCUCCCGGGCGAAGUGA